AAGUACAUAGACUGGUGUGCAAUUGGGCUAUGCAAUAGUUACGAUGGUAGACAAAUACAUCAAUAUUAGUGGCAACAUCGAGCAAUUCAAAUUAGAACAAAUAAAAUUAACUUUCUUGAUCUCCUGUCCUAUUAUAUGAUAUUGAGCUGAAACGCUUUCUAAAUCUGAAAGAUAAUUAAAAAACGGUUAUUACUUAAGUAUUAGAAGGCAUGCUUACCAAAGUCGUAAGACAACAAGACACAAUAGUUGGAAGAGCACAUCAAAAUAACAACACAAUUUACGAUGAGCGCGAAGAACAACGAAGGAAAACUUGGAGACGUGCUGAUGGAAGAUUGGAUGAUUAAAUCGCCUCCAGUUGAGAAACUUCAACAAUUACAAUCUUGGCGAAGGCGAUAUUUUGCUUUGCUUCAUAUAAAUCAUAAACACACUGUGCCUCAUAAUUGGUCAAAAAAGGGUUCUAAAUCGUUAGAAAAUUUGCACGAUGUGUAUUUGGUUUAUUGGAAAGAUGAUAAGGAUCGAAAGAAUGGCGUAAAACCUAUAAAAACAAUACCGAUUUUAAAAAACUACACUGUCAGCGAAUGCAAACCACCAUGCUUUGAAACAACACAUCAUCAUGUUAUACUCCUCGACACUAUCGAAAGAAAGUUUUAUCUUUGCGCUGACACAGAGAAAGCUGGAAAGAAAUGGCUUAAAGAACUUUUGAAUGCAAUCGAGUCAACGCUACACGUAGAUGCCGGACAUUAUUGCAAAGAACAUAUAUAUGAAGUAAUUCGAAAUAUUAUGAUUGACGUGCCGAGCAGACCGCCUAGCAAACCGCCUACCGAACAUACGCACGAACUGACGAGCAAACCAACAAGCGAACUGAAGAACGAACCGACGAGCAAAGCAACAAGCGAACCAACAAGUAAACCGAUGAACGAAGCAACGACCAUAGGGCGUAGAAAUCCCAGUACCUCAUCAAGUCUGUCUUCGAAUUCAGAGAGUGGUUUCAUGUCUGGCACAGCCUUAACCCUAUCAGAGGAAAAAAAUGACAGCUUUUACGUGCCCAUGGUUCCUUUGAAAGAAAAGAAUCCACCACCACGGCCGGUGACUGAGGCGUAUCAACGUGUGCCUCCAAGAGAGAAUGGAAAGAAACCACGGCGGACUCGAAGUUUACAUGUCGGCCCUCCUCUGGACGACCAUUGUAUUGAUAAAAGACCAGUACCUUUUUUAAAUGAAAAAACAGUAUCAAAGAUUUUAAUAGAGGGACAUUCCGGAACUAUUUUCUUCUUAAAUACUAAAUUAGAAGUUUCACAUUUAAAGUCAAUUGAAAAUUUAGAAGAUGGCAUAAAGGUGACAACAUCAGAAUGUCAAUGUGUUUUGACAAAAAUAAAGCAAACGUAAGAAAAAGUAUCAAAAAGCAAAAUGAAUGAAAAAAUUAAAAUAGCAGAAAAGUACUUAUUCUGUAAACAAGAUGCAUCUGUAAGAAAUGACAGAAAUUAGUAGCUACAACGAAAAGUGUCUUGAAGUGGUUUAAGAGGGGAAGAGGUUUGAGGAGGGGUGUGCAACACAUAAAAUAGCUAAAGUCCUUAACUCUCAAUUUUCGUCGCUGCAUAAAAAACAUUUUAAAAACCAUGGCACCUCAUCAACAAUAAACUUUUCGUUAGCAUUUCAACCAUUUCAAUUUAUUAUUUUGACUUUCUUAGCUUUUCGUUUUUAUAAAAGCAACAAAGUGCGUAGAACAUGCCAAAACUUUUGUCGGUUAACUGAAUUUACGAUAAAGAUUGAUUUUGGAUGGAAAGAAUAACAUUAAGUGGAAUUUUGAGGCUGAAAAUUAGAACACAAUUAGCCUACCUGGUCUGAAAAAGGCAAUGUGCACGGUUUGAAUGGGAGAUUAAAGAUGGCGAAAAAAGAAAUGGAACAAAAAAAUUGAUCGUAAUUAUGUUGUAUAUUGUUUUAAAAAAAUAAAAAAAAUUUCCUUUGUAAACGAUUUUUAUACAAAGUUAUUUUCUGUCUUUAGACAUAUUUAGCAUAAAUACUAUGUAUUAUGUAAAUUAUUAAAGAGUGAAGUAUGUUAUAUUACUGGCAUGUUUGUUUUUUGAACCAUCUCUUGUAUUGCACGUUGUGGGAUCCUCGCUAAUUAAAAGUCUGAAUGCUUGAAACCUUAUACUGCAUUUAUGAAAUUGCCUCACGGUAUCAUAACAAUGGGAGAGGUUGAUAAGAUCACAAAUCAGUUAUAUUAGAGAGUGUUUUCAUGUCACAAUUCAGGUUGAUGACAAGGUUGAUCACCGUUCUUCUGGCGCAUUGCCAUGUAGUUAAAUAUGGCUCCUGCCUUGUGCUCUUAUAAAAGCGAAAUUAGCAGCGGAUUUAUGAAUUAAUGCCAGGGCUUGUUUACCUGGUGCUCUUGGAUAAAAUUUUAUCGUCCCCGAUAAGAGAUCCCACUCAUUGACUUUUAUAGCCCAUAGCUUCAAGUUGCAUAAGAAUUUUAUGUUGUAGCGCUAUAAAUUUGACAAUAAUUGGGUAUAUGUUUGAACAGGAUGAGUAGGAUCUAAGACCUUUAUGCCUAUACCCAGAACAAAGGGCUCAGAACUGUAAAGGACAACUCCAGACGCAGGUCCGUAAAGGAAGACACAGGUGAAUGUAAUUGAUACGUGGAAUAUGUAUCCAUUUUAUAACACCCGUUGAAUACGUCUGUCAUGCGAAAUGGUACUGCAAGUAGCGAGACAGUAGUCCUUGACUAUGUGUAUAUUCUCUAUUUUUUAUAAAUGGUAAUAUAGAUUUUUUUUAUUUUUCCUUACAUAUUUCAUACAAAAUAACCCAGAUAUCUCAAUUUAUGUGUAUUGAACGCAUAAUAUUAUUUUAAUCACUAUUUUAAACUUUACGCAAUAACAAGUUUCAAAUUUAUAUUGAAUGUGAACAGCCUGAUAACAUCAUCACAAAUCCUUCCACCAAUCUUCUUAUCAGUUUAACGAAAGCUUGUGACGUUAUGGUACGUUAAUAGAGAAUAAAUUAGCCUCAUUAAACUAACUUCUAUAGUUGGCCAAUAAGCUACAGCAAAUUAUAUUAUUGUGCAUAAAAAGAAUUUUAAGUCACGAGUACGAGUUUUCCACAUGCAUUGUAAAUAUACCAGAACAG